AUGUCCGCCGCUCCAGCCGCCGCCUCCCACGGCCCUCUCACCUCCGCCACCUUCUGGUCCUGCGACGCCGAGCCCAUGGAGACCCAAACCGCCGCCCCCGUCUUCACCACCGAAUACUGCGUCACCCUCCCUGCUCCCUGCCACCACGGCCCCGGCCCCUGCCGCGCCACCUACACCGUCACCGAAGAGUGCACCGGCGACCGGGACUCGUGGGCUCAGCCCACGGGCGUAGUCCCUCCUGGAUUCGUCGUCACUACCGUCACCGAUUGCAAUGCCUGCCACGGAGGACCUACCCAGACGUGGACUGUGCCGGCUCAUGGUCCUAUUCCAACCAACGUUGGCCCUGCCCCGGGACCGGGCCCUCAGCCGACCAUGGCUACUAGUGUUGUGAUGACGAUGCCGUCGCAGACUGGUGGACAGAUGCCGGUUCAGACGGCUGGUGCGCCGCCGGCGAGGACGAUGAGCUUGAAGACGAGUGUGGGACUGUUGGUUGGUGCGGCGUUGGCGUUGUUUAACUUUGCUUGA